AUGCCACCACGGAAGAGACCGGCGGCAGUUCCGCUAGAAAACCUGCAGCGUGGACGCGAGCGCAAAGGCGCCUACCACAUUGAAUUUCAGAGGCUGCAGGACUUGCGCAGCGCUCGGCCUCUUGGGGAGGCGGACCGUGGAAACUACGAGGCAUUGAUGGAGCUUCGCCCGAGUCUUGUGCAGAAGCUCGGCGAGAGCAUCGAUCUUAGGAAAGCAUUCUUCGUGUCAGCACAAUCGGGCGCUGAUUCUGCCGUUCGGGCUGUGGCUCAUUAUGUCGUGCUCCGUGAGGCUCUGCGAACCUCUUCAGCAUCAAUGGAAGACGUUGCGCAACGCUUGCAAGCAGAAGGGGACAAGUAUUGCAAAUACUUCUCGAGCAACGACCUCGCGCAAGCCGUUUCCACUUUGCGCCUAUGCAACAUACAACCUGGCGAGGACCGCGGAAGCUACAGAAUGAGGUGGGUGGCCGCCGCUAUCAUUUGCCUCCUGCAACUCGAACUUCGUGACGUGGUAGUUGAACUUCGAUUAACGGGUAGAUUGCUAACGGCAGCUUGUGCGUUCGCAGUGCUCACAGGAGGGCGACAUUUCUGCAGAUUCCUCCGAGACAAACUUAAUCUGGUUGUCCUCCGGCAGCUGCCGUCUUGGUGUACGGAGCUCUUAAACUACCACGACGAUGCAAGAGUUUGGGCCGACGGCGCGGGGAUGCCACGAGCCCAUGGCCAUCAGGAGGAGCAUGACGCCGACGGCUUGGUGGAGCCUGACGACUCGGAAACAGCUGGGGAUGUCCCGGAAAGCCGCGAGGUGGGUGCUGCGGCGCUCUUUGGCAGUAUGACCGCAGGUCAGCGUACUGUUUUGCGCGCGCUUGGCACGCGGCUCCUGGAGGAAGCUGAGACGUGCAUGCCUUGGAGUGGAGCUUCGCAUUUGGGAUUCCGUCCCAUGCGAGCCGCCGGGUUCCCACGUACCAUCGCUAUCUGGCAGAGCUACUGUGACAACAUGUCUCUUACAUGGCGGCGGAGCGCCCUUCACGAGAGUACCUUCAUGAUGCCCCGCAACGGCCUGGUGGAAAAAGUCUUACGGGACCGCGUGGAGGAGAUGGUGACGCCAUUCUGGAGCGCCGCAGCCUUUCGGCGUCGGUUUGCUUGCGUUCCGAUUGUUCCCGCUGUGGGCGGAUGUGCACGGACACUGUGCCUGCUGCAGCAGAGGAGUAUGAUCUUGGGCACUGAGCAUGCCCCCGUGCAGCACCCCCCGCAACUACUCUUGCAAUGGGGUCGACGGCUGCAUAGUGAGGUUCGCAGAGAGGCACGGCAGCUAGGUAUCCCAGAGCCCGACAUCGAGUUUACACAUUCGAUAACGGAGAAUGUGCUGUGCUGUUUCAGUAAGUGUGUGGACGCCAUGCUUGGCUGCUCGCACCAUCACAGUCGUUACCGGCCCUGCCGGCGGGUCGCCCUCGCUGAUGCUGAGGUGAGCAUGCUACGGGUUGAGUUUCGCGCGCGCAACGCAGCGGGUUAUCUAGCUUUCCCUUUCAAGCUUUGCGGCGCGAUCGCUGGCAUUGGCUCUUGCAUGCACGUCAUUAGGUUGGUCCGCUACUUUCCUCAAGUGCAGCGCGCCGGUGACCGCAGAGCGAUUUGGCGCGUGAUGGGCAAGCUUGGCGCCUUCACCAUGAGCAAGACAGGACGCGGCCGCGGCCGCGGAAGGGCAAGUGCCAAGGCAGCUCCGAAGACUCUCAUCGUUCCCAAGGCUGGCUCGCUGCAGCCAAAGGCAGCUCCCUCUGGUGCGUCGGAGCCGCGCGAUGCGCCGGUUCAAUUAGCUGUCAUCCAAUGGACUCGAGUUGCUCACAAAGCCAUCGAGUCGUUCGGAGACGACCCCCUCUGGCAAAUCCAACUGAAGCACGAUGGCAAGCCCACCGUGUCCAUGCAAUUGAUCCGCCACUUCGGAAACUACUUGACCGUCCUCCGUGAAACCGACGACAGUAUCCCGGAGAGCAUCCAAGCUUUAAAGGAACGUGCAGGCAUCGCUCUGCAGCUUGCCGGCGGCACGGUGCAGUGGCGUGCCGCGUGGUACGUGGAAGGUCCGCCUGAGGCGCUUCAAAACGCACUACGUCUCAUCCUCGGCUUUGUACAUCAUCGCUGGAACAGCACUGCGCCCGGAGAACGUGGUUUCCCUGGAGACCUCAGGAUCGAGCUCGACGUGGACCCCUCCAUCGUGUGCAAGAACGAGCUUGCAGAGAUGCCUGUGGCACCUAUGCUUGUACGUAACUUGGACCUUUCGCCCUUUUCCCCGGCACCACCUGCUGGUGCCCAGAUUCUGACGUUCCAGAUCGAGUUCAACGAGACCAAUGGCUUGACGGGCGUACUGGCUGGAGCUACAUGGGCGUUCCGAAAGGAACUCGAAGCGAAUGGCAUCUACGGCGCUCGCGUCGAGGCAGACGACUCCUAUGUCCGAGUGCUACCUUGCGUCGAUGUAUCCACUAAGAACGGACGCGAUUGGAUCUUGCAGAAGCUCUUCCGGGAGAUCCUGUGUGACACCGUCUUGCACCUGGUGGUAGCUACACCGCCUCUGCCGGAGACUGCGGGAGCAGAGUUCUUGCAGAUCCUGGGUGCCCAGCCGCAUGUGUAUACCGAGAAGUGA